ACUAUAUUUUCAACAAGGGAUCAUUUUGAUUAAUUAUUAUAAUUGCGUUCAAAGUCUUGAAAGAGCAUUCUUUGGGUACUCCUAGUAUCAUAAUUAAUCCGUAAUUUAAAAAGCGAUAUCGGUUCCGUAGAGUACAAUAAAAUAUUAUAUGCAUUUCACACGAUUUCCGUGAGAGGCUUUUGCCAAUAUUAGUAAUAUUUAUUAUACACUGAUUAUAAAGACGUUCUCAUUGAGAAGAGCUGUUCAAUCUAAUACUAUUUCAUACAAAACACUAAAAUUAAACACUACAGUUAACCGCGCCAAGACUUAUUGACUGUCUGCAUGUCUUGUGUCCUUCUUUCGAGGUUUUAGCCCAGUUAGAUGAGACACAAGUCUUUUAUUAACUUUACCGUUACAUUUUGCUAGGUAUUUUCGCUUUAAACAGUCUACUGUGGGCCAGGAAUUAUCGCGUUACAUGCAAGUGCUAGAAUUGCGAAUUGAAAAUAGCAAGAAAGCUUCAAAUAAACCGUGCAUGCGUACAAAUGAGCAAUCACCCACGAAUUAUCGUUAAUCUUCGAGGUAAUUAAAAACUAAUAAGUCAACUUAAUCUAUAUUUCAUUGUAAGAACACACAAUUAUUGAUUCCCGAAUAUUUUUGAUCCACCAAUAUACGACGUUUUGGUUACCAACAGCAAAACAAUACUGAAAAGUGUUAGAAAGCUACAGUUUAGAGUAUAGUCCCCAGAUCUGAUCUAUUAUGUAGAGAUGGAGUGGUCUAGUUAUCUUAAGACGAUCAACGGUGUUCCGAGUCUUGUUUCUGCAACUCUGACGCGAAUAUUGUUUGUCGUUCAUGGAUUUUUUGCGAUAUUUUUGGUUGUCAAGAACAAGGACGAUGCAGGACAAUGGUGGCCUGUAUUCUUUCUGUUUUUGCUAUUCAUAGAAAGUGCGUACACGAUCCUUGUCCGGCGAGGAGAAGAAUACAAAUAUUUUUCGCCAAGUUGUUUCCUAUACAUCAUGAGUGUGUUACCGUCAGUAUGGACAAUGGAAAUGGACCUUUAUCAUGAAAGAUACAGAGACAGAGAGCUGCAGAUGAUGCAAAAAGCCAGUGCCAACAGCACUAUAUUAAACACAAGCGAAGACAAGAACAUAUGGGCCAACAUAUCAAAAGAGACAAUAGCUGAAAAAGUUGGUGCACUCGGAUUGACCAUUGGUAUUAUUAUGGGCCGCUGGCUCUUACCACGAGGCGCAAUGACACGUGAGCAGCUAUCCGCGUUGCUGAUUGGCUACGUCGGUAUUGCGGCAGAUAUACUGGAAGUUUUCAACCUUUUUGAGGAGGAAAAUCUCAUGUAUCGACAAUCCAUUACCAUAGCAACACUGUUUGUUUUCUCUUGGUGUUUGCUAUCGUUUUGUUUGGUCACCACGGCAACCACCAACAGUAAAAAAGAAGCCUCAAAACAACGGACAAGCAAGGUCAGCCCUUUGGAGGAAAUCCACCAGAGCACAAGUGGGAAUGGGUUGGGUAAAGAAGCAUAUAUAAAGAAAUUGGAAGAAAAAUGGCGAAAGGAUAGCGAAAGUUUGCCGCGGGGACGAACUGAGAAACUAACGGAGCGAACGAGGCUAAAAGCGGUAAAAGAAGUCUUCUCCGAGUCCGAGAAACGUGAAUUUGAUUUACACGGGGAUAUUUAUGGAAUUCUUACGGGAAUUCUAAUGAUGGACGGACCAUUUCUGGUCUUCAGACUCUACUGCACCGUACAGUAUUCCGUGGAUAGCGAGAUGCACAUAUUCUACACGGUAAAGAAUGCCAUAUCAUUGGCUCUUCUUGUGUAUCGCCUGUGUAUUCUGACUUGCAAAGGACAAGACGGAGAAGACGAUGUUUUUGAGAGCGAUGAAGACAAACUAAGGAAUGUUCAGGUUGCUAUUAUCGGAACGCAUUAUACGGAUUUUAGAGACCAUACACCCUAUAUGAAAGGGCAGAUUAUUUUGUGAGUUAUACGAGCUGUGUUCGUAGUAAAUUCCACUGUAUUAAAGAAACUCAUUCUUGGUUCCACCUCGAGUAAAAAAGUAGCACAUGAU